GGAAUCCCAUUGAUGGUAGCGGUGCUUGUUCGUGCACGCGCGCACGUCCUGGCGCGACGGGCGUUCCGGAACCGCGCACUCCCGGGCGCUUUCGAAAGCACAAAGACGCUUUCUGCGAUUGGCUGGAAGCCAUCCAAAGGGUCCGCCCACUCCUUCCUUCCUGGCCGGGCCCGAAUUCUAGAAUGCGCUGCCGAUUGGUUGGUUCAUGGGAUAUGCAAAUCCGCCGGGUUCGUGCUGACAGCAAGAGAUCGCCGGGGGUUUUGUGUAGAAAUUCCGAGACAUUCACCUUAAAUCAUAAAGGAGAGAGAGAGUGAGAAAGAGAGAGAGAGAGAGAGAAAGAGAGAGGGAGAGAGAAAGACUCAUUCAUAAAGCGCUGAAGUGCUCCUGCUCCUGCCAGCUUAGUGCUCAAAUCAUUUUAUUUUACAAGGACAACACCUUAAGAGGAGGAGUGCCGAUGCAGAAAAGAGAAGCAAGUUACUUAUGAUUGAAAAAGUCAAUUUCUUCUUUAGGUUUCUCCAGCUGUUGUUCUGAAGUUUAAAAAAGAACUUUAAAGGCUCUGUGUUAUUUGGUGCAGUCAUCCACAGGGCGGGUGUCUCGUGUGAAGUUCACGUUGGACUGAUCUCUCUCUCUCUCUCUCUCUCUGUGCGCUCUGAAUUUUGGUCAGGGGAUUAUAUAUAUGGUGUUUGCACGUCUCAAACCACAGGAGAGCCACAAGUCUAACCGAGCUGCAAAACCGCGCUACCCCCAAAAUAAAGAUCUAGAAAGCGAAAGCUGCGAGAAUUAAACCGUGGCUGUGAUCGUAGAGAGAAGGGGAAAAGUAACUUGGAUUUAUUUUAUUUGAGCAGAGUGAACUGUGGUCUUUUCAACUGCUGGAUAAAUUCACCGAGCUUCUUUUAUUUAAGAAAGUUGCCUCUUCGUUGUUUUUGAGUUUAAUCGGUGAUCUGCACGAUCAAGCGACAGUUUCAGCGAAUGUUCUCUCGAUAUGCUGCGGCAGAGCUGCCGGCUACCAGAACCGCGGUGUAGAACUGAAAAUUGAAAGGGGGUCAACAACAGAACGUCUACAGGUGGACACUUCGUUACUUUAACCCGUCACUGAGUCGGACCGAUCAUAAACCCCACCUACGCCUGCUGAUUGCGACUGAAACUCGCCAGAGACUCGAGCGGAGGCUUCAUCUCUCCAAAGACUCCGGGGGUCUGCACUGGGUCGCAGGUGGAUUGUUUGAGGGAAGGGGAGAAGGAGACGAGGGAGAGAGAGGCAGAGACCCUCGGACAGGCCAAGUUUCUGUAGCUGCCCGGUGUUGAGAAUUUUUGUCUUUGAGAUUGCUAAGCUUUGUUGUAAUGCGUAUCCCUGUAGAUACCAACACCAGCCGCCGGUUCACGCCGCCUUCGACAACGCUGAGCACGGCGAAGAUGAGUGACUCCCUGCCGCUGGCGCCGCCGGACAGCGCUCUGGGUAAACUGCGGCCGGCGGAUCGCAGCAUGGUCGACGUGUUAGCUGAUCAUCCCGGAGAGCUGGUCCGGACCGACAGUCCAAAUUUCCUCUGCUCCGUCCUGCCGACUCACUGGAGGUGUAACAAGACCCUUCCUAUCGCAUUUAAGGUGGUCGCCCUGGGAGAUGUUCCUGACGGGACUCUGGUCACGGUCCUGGCCGGCAACGACGAGAACUAUUCGGCUGAGCUGCGUAACGCCACGGCCGUCAUGAAGAACCAAGUCGCCCGCUUUAACGACCUGCGGUUCGUCGGCCGGAGUGGACGAGGGAAGAGUUUUACGUUGACCAUCACAGUGUUUACGAACCCUCCUCAAGUCGCCACUUACCACAGGGCCAUCAAGAUUACCGUGGACGGACCCAGAGAGCCCAGGAAUACCAGGCACGUCCAGCCCUCUCCGCCGUGGAGCUACGAUCAGUCCUACCCUUACCUCGGGCAGAUAACAACACCCUCCGUUCAUCCUGCAACUCCCAUAUCCCCCGGCCGAGCAAGCGGCAUGCCAACAAUCACAGCCGAAAUUUCCAGCCGGCUUUCAGGAGCCUCCGAUCUCACCGCAUUUGGGGACCCAAGAAUGGGAAUCGACCGCCAGUUCUCGGCUCUCCCCUCUCUCUCGGAUAGCCGCUUCGCGGACCCCCGGAUGCACUACCCGGGAGCUUUCGCGUACACGCCCACGCCAGUGACCAGCGGCAUCGGAAUCGGCAUGUCAGCGAUGACAACUGCAGCGCGCUACACCUACCUGCCUCCCCCUUACCCCGGUUCUGCCCAGGGGCAGGCGGGACCAUUCCAAACUAGCUCCUCUCCAUACCAUCUGUACUACGGCACCUCUACUGGCUCCUACCAGUUCUCCAUGAUGGCCGGCGGAGAGCGGUCGCCGCCCCGCAUCCUCCCCGCCUGCACUAAUGCCUCCACGGGAUCGAGCCUCCUCAACCCAAACCUACCCAGCCAGAGCGACGUGGUGGAUGCAGAUGGAAGCCACAGCAACUCCCCGACAAACAUUAGCACCGCUGGGAGGCUGGAAGAAGCCGUGUGGAGACCAUAUUAACUGAAACAAAGCUCCUCAGCUGACCAUUCCACCUUCGCCGAAAUCCCCAAUGGAUCUGGGGACACAGCAAGAACUUCGAUCGCGAAAAGGACAUCAUUGUGUUUGCUUGGUUACCCUAAACGAUUUUGUCCUCUUUUUUUCCCAUUCUCCCAAACUGUUUCGAGUUUACUGGCAAAACAUCUUUUCGUCGUGCACCUUAUCAUAAAGCAAAUGUUUCGAUUCCUAUUCGCCUUUAGAUUUGGCGCCGAGGAAAUAAAUUGAGACCUUUGUGUACAAGCCGAAAGGAAUUUCCCAACAUACCCUUUUGCUGCUGUCUGUCCUUCUUUGGUCAUAGUUUCUACAGUGCAGCCAGUUUCGGAAGCAGUAUGGAGAUCUUGUUAGAAAAUAAUUUUUGAGAGAAAAAAAUAAAGAACACUGACUGAAAUCACUUCAGCGGCCGAACUGGAGUAAAUCUGAAUUGUGGCAAGUUUCUGCUUCACACCCUAACGUCAGUUAGUGUCUUUUUUUCUCUCUACUAGCAUGACACAUUGGGACAGAGGGCCGCUGCUUGGCAUAGACCAAGAGCACUAACAUUUAACGUGUAUUUUUGUAUGUUUUCCAACUAUCAUUUUAAAUUAAAUGUUGACUACUUCCCACUGAAAGCCCGGCCAGGUGGAGGCAGCACCGGCCUUCUCCACCUCUUCAACACCUCCGGUGGUUUCAGAGAGCAGGAUUCGUCUGUCCUGCAGAGAUUGAGACGCACGGAACACCUUGGCAUCUUUGAUGCACGCGGCGAAGAUCACACGCACAUUUUACAUACGGUUACCUGUCUGAUACGGAGCAGGCUUACCAAAGCGAUAUCACGAGGAGAGGGGAUGGAUAGAGAGCCUCGAAGCCAACACAGAUUUGGGCGGAGUUGGCAGUAAGCAUGUUGAUACCAAACGUGGCGGCUCCGACCUUGCCGCAACUCCCGGCGGUUACAUCGGUGGCCUUUCAUUCAUCCUCGCGCAAAGAUUUGAACUGAGUUUUUUUGUUUUCCGGACGUGCAACCAAUGCCCGUGGAGUCGAGUAAAUACCAUUUCUAGAUGGUCCCGGGUUGAAUAACAGUUGACCUGCAGACGUAUAUAUGAAAGGGUAAAAGAUGGACAGAUGACACUGCAAAUUUAAACAGUUCCGGGCGUGUCCAGCAUCCGGCGAAAUCUCGGGGCCAUGCACAUUCUACCCAGUUACCAGAGCCCACUUCCAAAAACAAUGUCGUGGCUUUUAUAGUUAUUGGUUAAAUGUUAUUUAAUUUGCUUCGUGAGUAUUGUUUCAUUUGCUGGUCAACAGAGAAAGAUGAUGGCAAAGCGGGACUUUAAAUUGGUGUUUCAAAGAAUGGAACAUGAUUGGAAAGGGGAAGGUGUAGGGCUGCUGGCAGCAAUCUAGCUGGAUUUGUUAUUUAAUGCUCGUGUUUUCAAGAAUUCGUCGUUUAUUCUUUAAAAACAAGAUAUAAGGUUCUCCUGCGUCUAUUUGCUACCUUAUAAAAUCAAGAUAUGUCAGCUGUCUUAAACAUGUGUUCAGUGUGUUGACGUAAGACUGGAUCAUUUACGCAAUUCUAAUGAACUAUAAAUAUCAGUUUCUUGAGUCAAGCCUAUUAUUGUACCUAUAUUUGUAAAUAAGCAAGAGUUUUUUUAAAGAAAUCUUCCAGCUCCUCAUGGCUAGUAUGUGUACAAACAUCACUCUGCUCCACACCGCUUUCAGAUUUCUCAUUUUGGUCAAAGAAUUUUCAAUGGCAUUUGCAAAACUCUAGUUUUUCUUUUAUUUUCGAGCUUAGGUGUUGUAGGUAGAAUCACAUGCGUUAAGAUAGCUCUUCCUGUUCACCGCAAUCCAGCUCUUGGGCGCCUUUUCUUCCAGCACAGCAGAUGACUACAGCGGGGAAUGAUGCCCAGAGCGGCUGGACUGCUGCAGGUUCUCUGAGGAACGUCACUGUCAUCCAUACUCUUUGUACCAAAGUUUGUUGAACGAUUUCAUAGUUCUGUGGCUGGCUAAUAAAUUAGUUUGUUGGACAA